AUGGUUCCGAGGAAGACGGUCACGGAUGUUAUGCGGCUGUAUAAGGAGUUGGAGGAUGAUAAUGGGGAAAAAAACAAUAGCGCUAAUGUGUUUCUCUCACCACCGCCAUAUGGUGCACAAGGGAAUAGAUCAUCUAUCAUCGUUGUUGUUUCUAUUGGGCCUAAAGAACUACGGAAAAGGAGAGUGGAGAAAUAUUUCUCAAAAUUUCGUGGUAUAAGAACACCUACUCAAGUCAGAAUCCAUGCUCAUAAGUACUUUAUCCAGCAACUUUCCGAAGGGAAAGAUAAGAGAAUAUCAAGUAUUCAUGAUAUAACAAUUGUAAAUCUUAAUGAAAACCACAUCACUUCACCGAAGUACAAAACAACAGCUUCACCGGAGCAAUGUAAAGUCCCAUGGAAUCAACCAAAUAACGAAAACACCGCAAUGGCUUUCAAUCAAACACAUGGAGCUAUUUCAUGUCUCCAAGAUAUGGUGGGAACUCAUUUUGUGCUUUUGGUGGCAGUGGUGGUGGUGAUGGUGGUGGUGGGGGUGGUGGUGGUGGUCUACAUGAAUCUUUGUGUGCAUCUCAGAACAUGGUUUUCUAGAUGCAACCUGCGAUGCACUACCCUCAUGGAUGAGCCUAACCUGAAAAGCUUUUUUCCUUUCUUUUUGCAUUGA